AUCCCACUCCCAAAACCCUACUGCUAUUAUUUUUUCGGUUCAAGAAAGUUCGUGAAAUUCUUUCAACCUUUUUCAAAGUUUUCGGAUCGGAUCGGAGACCAUGGCCGAGCACAGUGAGAGCGCCGAUGCUAAGGUGGAGCAGACGAUGAUGGAGAAGAUCAGCGAGAAGAUCCACGAUCAUCACGACUCUUCGUCGUCGUCGUCUUCGGAUUCCGACACCGAGAAGCCGGCGCCGGCCACGGAGGAGUCGGCGGCCAAGGAGAAGGUGUUCCGUCUCUUCGGAAGGGAGCGUCCUGUUCAUCAUGUCUUUGGCGGUGGAAAGCCUGCUGAUGUGUUCUUGUGGAGGAACAAGAAAAUUUCGGCUGGGGUUCUUGGAGGAGCUACUGCUGUUUAUGUCCUUUUUGAGUUGCUUCAAUACCACUUGCUUACACUUGUCUGCCACAUUCUGGUUGGUACCCUAGCAAUCUUGUUUCUGUGGUCCAAUGCCCAUACUAUUAUCCACAAGACUCCACCACGUAUCCCAGAGGUUUGUCUUCCUGAGGAGCCAUUCCUGCAGGUUGCUUCUGAGCUGAGACAUCAAAUCAACUGGACUUUUGCACAACUUCAUAACAUUGCAUCUGGAAGGGAGUUGAAGAAAUUCCUCAUUGUUAUUGCUGGCUUGUGGGUUCUUUCCAUUGUUGGGAGUUGGUGCAAUUUCUUGACCUUGUUUUACAUAACUUUUGUUUUGCUGCACACCGUGCCUGUUCUGUAUGAGAAGUAUGAACACAAGGUUGACCCACUUGCAGAGAAGGCAACAGUUGAGAUCAAAAAGCAGUAUGGAGUGUUUGAUGCCAAGGUUUUGACAAAGGUUCGCGAAACUGUGCUGAAAAACAAGAGAUCUUAGAAAGUGUGGCGUUCUGUUGUGCCCUAAAAGCUCUAGGUUUAGUGGUUGAGCUUCCCAUUAUGUUCAAGUGUUUGGCUUUGUUGGUUGACUAUAUGUGGUUUUAGUUUUGAGAAUUAGGCUUUAUGUUUAUACAUUAUCAUGGGAAGCUUUUUCAAACAUCACCUUAGCUAAUACGUUUAUUCUGACAACUAUGUUAUUCAACCGUGCCUUGUACAUGAGUUGUCUUAAUACUCCAACUAUGGUGUAUGUUAUUUCAUGCUUGUUCUA